AUGGAAGAUCAGCCUCGUUUCAUUAUUGGGCAUCAUGAUGCGAAGAGGCCCAUACCUGUUACCGUCGAGGCGAUCCAAGAAGCACAUGCGGCAGAUUAUGACAUGCUGACAAGUCCCAUUACAACACCACAUUUCCAUUCUCAGGUUUUGACGCUGCUUUCAGCGUCUCUUUCUCAACAUUCAGACGAAAACAUCACCAGGACCAAGAAUGCCUCACCCGUCACCAUACCUCCUCUUACGCCAGCGGACACGCCGCUCACUCCGGGUGAGUCCAUUGGCCAGAUCAUUGGCGUCACCAGUUCCUGGAUCGAUCUGAGUUCUCCGGAUCCCAUUAUCGCGGAUGUGUCCCGCCAAGUCUUGAAAUUGGAACUAGCGUAUGCCGCUUUCUGUGGUAUCACUUACGCGUUGGUUCCUGGUCCCCGUCUUCGUGGACAAGGGGCUUCGGAAAGUGGCUUUGCCCAAUAUGCACGAGCAAUUCUGGACGCUUUGGCUCAAGGUCCCUACAUGCAGCUGUACAUCUGGUUGCCCAUGAUUGAUCAUUCGGACGAUCAAACGGAAGAGAUGGGUGACCUUGCUCCGUUCGCACGUCAGCAAUUCCUAGAUCAAGACGAUGGCGAGAUGAAGAGACUGGAUCUAUUCGGUUCUUGGGAGGCUUGGGAUCUGAUUAGAUCGAUAUGUAAAUAUCCUUCCAGGUUAUGCGUAGCUUUAUCUAUCCCCAAGCUACUUCCCCCGGUCCCCAUCCAGUCGCGAUGGUACUCAGAGCCUGUCCGGCUUCUCAGUCUGGACGGCAAAGUCUUCUCCAAAAAUGUCAAAGGCUAUCCGGUGCUGUCACGAGCCCACCAAGCCUUUAUCAGUCGCUUCGUCCGCCUCCGCUCUGCGCCAUGGUUUCUCCUCUGUGAUGUCGGAGCAGUCCCCCACCAUCCGACAAACAACUUGAAUGGGCCCCAAUCCACAAUCUCAAACGCAUCGAAUUUCCCUAGUCUCGCCGAAGCAGCAGAUUCUCGACCCCUGAAGGACCCAACGCCUCAUCUUUCGUACAUGCGGAACCUACAGACAAAACAACCUGUGCAGGGUGUGCUGGACCGCUUUGGAGCCGGGUACCAAGACUACCUGCAGACACCGCUGCAGCCCUUGACCGUCAAUCUGGAGAGCAUCACCUACGAGGUGUUCGAAAAAGACCCUAUCAAGUAUGCCUGGUACGAGCGUGCCAUUGCCCGCGCAUUGCAUGACUGGAUUGAACAAGGCAAGCCGACCUCCAACCCUGACGGUCGUGUCGUGGUAGCCGUGGUAGGAGCCGGACGAGGACCACUUGUCACUCGCGCCCUGAAGGCCAGUGAGGACGUUGGUGUCGAGAUCGACAUGUGGGCGCUGGAGAAGAACCCGAACGCUUUCGUCCUCCUUCAGCGCCACAAUGAAACCAUAUGGCAGCAUCGUGUCAACCUGGUCAAGUCGGACAUGAGGACCUGGCGGGGGCCAAUUCGACCUGCAGACGAGAAGCAGUCCGAUCGGACGUACAACGUCGAACAGGAUGGCGAUCUGGCGACGGGGCCGGGGGCAACACAGGAUAACACUACCGAUGAGACACAUCCUACGUCUGCCCGCACCACGACCACCUUUACCGGCUCGCCUUCUCUGGAUUCAACAUACCUGCUUGCAACCACGACCCCCAGUUUGACCCCGACACCGUAUAAAAUCGACAUUCUGAUCUCAGAGCUCCUCGGGUCCUUUGCCGACAACGAGCUAUCUCCAGAAUGUCUGGAUGGAGUGCAACACCUCAUGAAUCCGGUUCACGGCAUUUCCAUUCCAGCCUCAUAUACCGCACACAUCACGCCCAUCGCGGCGCCCAAGUUACACGCCGAUAUCAAACAUGGGAUGAUCAGUUCCAAUCCCAAUGCAGCAGAGAUUCCGUAUGUGGUCAUGUUCAACGCGAUCGACUAUCUGAGCACCACAACACCCCCUGAAUCCUCUUCACACCAAGAUUCAACGGUGUCUUCUCCUACAUCUCCAUCCUUGCCAGCACCAUAUUCAAAAGCCCAUACACGGCAACAACCGCAACCGCAACCGCGACCACAAUCUCCUGCAACGCCUCCUUCACCAGUCCCAGUGAUCGGCACGACAUGGUCCUUCCAGCACCCGAAUCCGGCGCUGCCCAGCGCUUCGACCUCGUUCGCCAACUCAAACCUACACUCCGAGCCGGAACUGAGUAAUUCCCACAACGCGCGGACCAGUACGUUGACAUUCCCGAUCCCGAAUCGUGGGACAUGCCAUGGCAUCGCAGGGUAUUUCGAGACCGUCCUGUACAGGGGUGUGGAGCUGUCGACGAAUCCGAACACGAUGGACGCCAAGAGUGAGGGUAUGAUCAGUUGGUUCCCGAUAUACUUCCCUCUGAAGAGUCCCGUCUUCUGUCCCGACUCGUCCGAGCUCACCGUGACAAUGUGGCGCAAAACAGACGACAGGAAAGUCUGGUACGAAUGGAUCGUCGAUGUCUUUGUGCAUCUGCCUUCGCAAUCACAUGCACACCCCUCCGCCCUACCAUCAUCAUCAUCAUCAUCAUCAUCAUCAGCUCCUUCGACAGCACCGGACACAGCUCCAAUAGGCCAAUCUAUGGGCAAAGCAACAGGAAAAGAAAAACAAAAAGGAAAGGGAAUGUCAAGAAGAGUAAGGAUCGGUGGUAGUGAACUGCAUUCAUCCGAGAAGGAGGCUUGUCUGAUGUGA